AUGCAGGUGCACGUUGUCGGCGUCGGCGCGAUCGGCUCGCUGCUGGCGGGCCAUACGCGCGCGCUGCUGCGCCUGCGCGAGCGCGCGGCGAGUGCGGGUGUUGCGCCACUGCGCGGCGCGCGUGUCCCCAAACUCGCGAUCGCGCCGCGUGUCGCGCCCUACCUGCCCGACGAAGCGCGGUCAGGCGUGACGCUGCAUCUGCGCGAAAAGCGCCAGGCGCAUGUGCCCGGCAAGCCCAUGCUGGGGAGUACUGUCACGGUCGAGCGCGAUGGCGCGCGGUCCGUAGAAAGUGGAUAUACGGUCGAGGUCGCGUCCGCGGCGGCCAGCGAGCCGAUCCGCGUCUUUGCGCCGGGUGCGCACGGCCUCGAGGAGCGCGCCGGCGAGCCUACGCAGGCGAUCGAGAGCCUGAUCGUGGCGACAAAAGCGGAUGCGACCUACUCGGUGAUCAAGCGCCUCCUUCCCCGCAUCACGCCGGCCACGACCGUGGUGCUGGUUCAAAAUGGCAUGGGCGUCCUCGACCGCCUGCUCGAGCUGUGGCGCUCGCCUGCGGAGCGUCCGAACCUUGUGCUGGCCAGCGCGACGCACGGCUGCUUCCUCAAGCGCCCGCUGCACACGGUGCAUGCUGCCUUUGGGUCGCUCCACUUUGGCAUUGUGCCGAGCGCGCGCGGCGGCAGCGCCGGCUUUGAGCAGCCGCUGGACGAUGCCAUGCCGGCCGAGCUCGACCUCGCGGCGAUUCCCGCGCACGGCGACACUGAGUCGCUUCGUGCGACCGUGGCGCUGCUCCUCGCGCUUCCGCUGGAUGUGCACUGGGAGCCCAUUCGCCAGUUCCAGCUGCGUGCGCUGCGCAAGCUCAUUAUCAACGCGUGCAUUAAUCCUACGACGGCGCUCGUCGACUGCCGGAACGGCGAGCUGUACGGCCAGGCGCCGGCCACCGAGCUCUUCCACGGCCUGUGCGCCGAGGCGUCGCAGGUGCUCGAGGCGCAUGCGCGCGACGCGCGAGCGAGCCAAGGCGCAAGCGAGGCCGAUGCGGCGCACCUCAGCUCCCUGCCGUUCGCCGACCUCCUCACGCAGACCGACGCCGAGGGCCUGCCACUGCUCGACGCGUCGCUGCGCCCAGCGUCGAUGCUGCGCGAGGUCGAGAACGUGGUGCGCAUCACCGCGCCCAACUGGAGCAGCAUGCACCAGGACGUGCACAGCAAGCGCGCCGCGACCGAGAUCGACUACAUCAACGGCUACCUGUCCGAGCUCGGGCGGACGUAUGGCAUUCCGACGCCCGCCAACGACGCCAUGACGGCGCUCGUCAAGCUCAAGUCGCAGCGCGUCACCGGGUCGUGGCGUGUUCAUAGCUAG